AUGGAUCGGGAGACUGGACGAGUAAUCGUUGUAGGCGGCAUGAUCCACGAUGCUCGAGACAGGGGCAAUGAAAUCAACCAAGCUUUUGAAGAAGAGCUGCAGAAGCGCAUCCAAGCAAACAACAGUAGCGAUGCCGUCGAAUCUAUUGCCAGAGGCACCCGGGCUGCGAGCCCUGACGGUCCGGCCCAAGGUCCGCGCCAUCUGUAUGGCAUUCAAUGGUACGGAGCUUCAAAGCUGUUCCGGGUCCUUCUGAUGUGA